AUGCUCUCGCCGAAACUCAACAAGUAUAUUGAAGAGGGGGGUAUCCAAUCUGGAGCGUUUCUGCAGAUCGAGUCGGUGAACAGGAAGACGGUAGCGGGCUAUAGAUCAAUUACGGUCACCAGAGGAGUACCUGUUGGCACGCCCGGAGACAUCUGCGGAUCUCCAACAGAGAUCAGCCUUCGGGUAGGAGCGAUCGUUCCUACCGAUCUGGUAGUUGGCACAACGCCCCCCAGCCGUGCUCGUACUGCGAGUCGCACGAGUUUUAGACGUUCGAGCCCGUCGAAGAGCCAUGCUACUAUAUCUGACGGAACAUUUGCUCUGCUGGUUAUGCUCUCGCCGAAACUCAACAAGUAUAUUGAAGAGGGGGGUAUCCAAUCUGGAGCGUUUCUGCAGAUCGAGUCGGUGAACAGGAAGACGGUAGCGGGCUAUAGAUCAAUUACGGUCACCAGAGGAGUACCUGUUGGCACGCCCGGAGACAUCUGCGGAUCUCCAACAGAGAUCAGCCUUCGGGUAGGAGCGAUCGUUCCUACCGAUCUGACGUUCGAGCCCGUCGAAGAGCCAGUGCGCUACUCUCUUGUGCCCAAGGAUCGGGCCGAUGGCGGAUAUCUUCGUUCGAACGGCGGAUCGAAACAGCAACCCUCCGCGUCCCAACCAGGAGGGGAAGGAAGAAGCGUGACGAUCAAGUCCAUCACCGCGUCGAAGGCUGUCGCCAAUGGUGGCCAGCCACAAGGCAGGCAAGCCUACGGCGGGCUGAACAAAAACACCAAAGUAAUCAGCAUGCAUCCUAAUGCGAAGGUGUCUGUCCCAAACGCGAGCUCGAACAUACAGGCUUCGACUUCAACCGAGUGCCAACCGAAGUCUUCAUCCGCCGCGACGGGGUCGUCCGCAGCCAACGGGCAAUCGCCUGCUUCUGCGAAUGCCGUGUCAACUGUCAAGACGACCCAACAUUUCAACUUGUCCAACUUCAUCACCGCUGCAGCCUUGGAACACGUAGAGCCCACUCGUAUUGCGUUCUCAGAGCUGAACGCAGGCCUACGCUUUGAUUGGACGACAUAUGGACGCAUAUACGAGAUCAGCGGGCCCCAUCGCUGGAAAAACGAGACGAAGGAAGGCAUUAUUCUAACUUUGAAGAUUGUGGAUAAGGAUAGGAAUAAGAUGCUCCUUGGCUCGUUUGACCCCGUCGCGAUUGAACGCGUAAUGGCCGAGGCUGUUGUGGGAAAGGUGAUGAAACUAAGCAACGUGCGAGUCUGUCCAGUGAAGGAAGAAUUUCUCCAGCCGGACAUCUUGCCUUUGCAAAUGAUGUUGAAGUACAAUUCCACUUUCUCCUUCCCAAAUUCUGUACGUCCAAGUGGCUCGAAAGGGGGACAUUUCACUGACUGGUUCUUAGGACUUGCGAGACCAGCAAUGCCCAUGCAAUUGACAGGCAUUCACCUGCUCCGUGGCCUGGAGUUCAAGUCCCGCGUGAACGUUCUGGGUGUGGUUCUGCAUGUAGGGCAGGUGGCUUCCUUUUCCAAGAAAAAGUGUGUCGCUGGUGAAGAAGCCGAAGGUGAUGAUAGAGACGAUACGGCGGAACGCCGCCGCCUAGAAGUGCAGCUAGUGGACAGAUCGCUCUUCGUUGUCUGUUUGACUCUGUGGGAUCAAAAAGCAGACGACUUCAAGGUCAAGCGCGGGGACGUUUUGUUGCUGAAAAAAGUUGAUGUGGUGAAUCAUGGUGGUGUAAGCUUGAACGCUUUUAAGUUCACCAAACUGGAUUUCGAACCCAAUAUUAGUGGGGUGACCGAGUUGAAGGACUGGUACAGCGCAUUGCCGGAAGAUCCUGCCUUGAAACAUGUGUCUUCUGGUUACAGUGCUUCUGCUGGCCUACGGGACGGCAUUGUUCCGCGAUCAUCACCGUUGUCUAUCAAGGACGUGCUGGAGUCCAACCUCGGUCAUGGUGCGAGAGUUGAUACGUUCCACUUGGAAGAAGCGAUUACCGGUUUUGACUGUCAAACUCUCUACGAAGGAUGCCGGCACCCAGACUGCAACAGGAGCCUGGAAAAUCGUGAGCAUGCUUGUGGCAUCGCCAGUCAUGCAGUUCAGUCGGAGGACGACGGUGAAAAGAGGACGAAGGCCAAGGAAAUGCUCAAAAUUAUGGCCUUCUCGCCUGUGGCGGACGAAAUUCUGAAUGAAGCUCCGGAGGAAUUGGUGAAAGUGAGAGACAAUAACGAAGGCGGGUAUGAGGCACUAUUACCCUCCAAGCUUGGGACAAUCUACAAAUUCACUAUUCAAGCUCGCACUCGGCGCUGGAAGAAUGUUGACACCGGGAAGUUUUAUACGGAACUGCAGUACCACGUCGUCGCCGCUCACCUGAAAGAGGAAGACGAGGAAGAACAGCCCGUGGAAGAGGUGGAGGAUGAGGGGGACGGGGACGGGGAGGAGGAGAAUGCGGGGGCGAAAUGGUCGUAUGAGUUCUGA